CUUUAUUAAUCUGAAAGUUCAUGUACAACACUGAAAAACAUUCAGAAACGUCAACCAGGUUAAUUAUCGCAAUGUUCCUCGGCAUUGGCAUCCUUCUUACGGUCGCCUCAAUUAGCGGUACGCAAAAAAUUGUUAACGCCGAUCUUGAGCGCGUCGAUCCAAUUAACACGUUAGAUUGUCAUCGAAGAUUGUACACUUACCGCGUGACACAAAGUGAUGAAAAUGGCAAAGAGUGUUGGGACACCCUUUCGGUUUUGUCUUGUUGGGGGAGGUGCGAUUCCAAUGAGAUUUCAGAUUGGCGAUUUCCGUACAAGAAGUCCUUGCACCCCGUUUGCGUUCAUCAUGGUAGAAACAAAGCGUUGGCCAUAUUAAGACACUGCGAAGAAGGCGCACUUCCUUCCGCCGCAAGAUACGAAUAUUUGGAGGCUGCGGGAUGUCGAUGUCAAGCUUGCUCUUCGUCGGAUACAAGCUGCGAGGGGUUAAGGUAUCGGCCGCAUCGCUCGCAACCUGAUUUAAUCGGAUUUGGAAAUAUGUAAC